AUGAGUCACGAUCCGAAUACGUUCAAUAAUCCUUCCGCGCCACCAGGUGAUUAUCAAUCUUAUCAGCUGGAACCACCCGAUGCUUAUCAAUCUUAUCCACCUCCACAAGCUGGUGGAUCUUCACCACAAGCUGCUGAAUCUCCACCACAAGCUAAUAACGGAACAGUUACAGAUGGAUGGGGAGAUUUUAGUAGUCUUGACGGAAAAGAAAUUCGCCGUGUUUUUGUUCGAAAUGUUUAUGCAAUUCUUAUGAUACAAUUAUUAGUUGGAUUUGGUAUUAUUGCAUUAUUUAGUUUUACGCCAUCGAUUCGCACAUUCGUUCGAAGUUCGAGUGGUCUAUGGCUUUAUUUGGCAUUGAUUAUUGCUUUUAUCGUUAUAUGUAUUUCAUUAGUUUGUUGUUGUCAAUGUGCUAGUCAACAAUUUCCUGCUAAUCUUAUUAUAUUUGGCAUGGGGACACUUUUAAUGAGUUAUAUGAUGGGUAUGGUUUCAGCAUUUUACGAGACUGAUUCAGUUUUAAUUGCCGUCGGUAUAACCGCAUUUGUGUGUUUGGGUGUAACAAUAUUUUCGUUUCAAACAAAAUAUGAUUUUACAUCAUGUUGUGGAGUAUUAUUUGUUAUCUCAAUUGCCCUUUUAGGUUUUAGUAUUGCAGUUAUAUUUACUCGUUCACAUGUUGUAUAUACAAUAUAUGCUGGUCUUGGAGCUGUCUUUUUUUCUAUUUACUUGGCUGUUGAUACGCAAUUAAUUAUGGGUGGAAAACGCCAAGAAAUUAGUGGCGAAGAUCAUAUAGCUGCAGCAUAUAUACUUUAUACUGAUAUAGUUAACAUAUUUAUAUUUAUGCUUGAGUUAUUAGGCAAACGACAAUAG